AAAAAGACACCAACGGAGAUGCUUUGUGGGUUUGGUGUUAUCCGUCCAUAACAGCUGAACUGAGGAGUCUGUUGCUGCGAAAGUGCUGCCUCACAGAUGAAAAUAAUUUGCUUCAUACGUUUGUCUUUGGCCAAUAUAAAAGGUCCUGGUUCUACAUCACAACUGUGGAAGUCCAAGAUUCUCCAGCCUUGAAAAAGGUGACCCACUUCUCCAUUGUCCUGACAGCCAAAGACUUCAACCCAGAGAAAUACGCUGCCUUCGCUAGGAUACUCUGUAGAAUCUACUUGAAGCAUGGAAGUCCAGUUAAGAUGAUGGAGAGCUACAUUGCAGUCCUUACCAAGGGGAUCUGCCAAAGUGAAGAAAAUGGCUCUUUCCUCAGCAAGGAUUUUGAUGCUCGGAAGGCUUAUCUUGCUGGUUCUAUCAAAGACAUAGUAUCUCAGUUUGGAAUGGAAACUGUUAUCUUGUAUACAGCACUGAUGUUAAAGAAGAGAAUUGUAGCAUACCAUCCUAGAAUAGAAGCUGUCCAGGAGUUUACCAGGACUUUGCCUGCUUUAGUGUGGCAUCGACAAGACUGGUCAAUUCUUCAUUCAUAUGUACAUCUAAACGAGGAGGAAGUGGAAGCCUUGAAAGCCUGCACAGGUUACAUUGCUGGAUUCACAGACUCUGAAGUGAACAGCAGACCAGACCUCUACGAUGUGUAUGUGAAUUUGGCAGAUAGUGAGAUCACGAUUUCCCCUGUAGUAAAAGAGGCAAUGACAAUGGGAAAACUUCACAAAGAAAUUGGGCAGCUAAUUGUUCAAUCUGCAGAAGAUCCAGAAAAAUCAGACAGCCAAGUCAUUAAGGAUAUUUCUCUGAAGACAAAAGAAAUCUUGGCCACUUUAGCCUCACUUACUGAAGUUUCUGAUGGCAGUGAAAAACCAACCCUUAGCUCUGAGGCCCUGAAACAAAAGCGAUUUCCACCAGCCACAGAAAACUUUCUUUUUCAUUUAGCAGCUGCUGAACAAAUGCUCAAAAUAUGAUUUUAACGCACCUGCAACGUUAUGGACCAAUUCAGAAAUACUGUCUUUGCCAUACAGAUAGGUAUACCUGGUAUUUUAUAUGGGAAAAUUAAAGGUAUAAGAAUGAACGUCAUAUUUA